AUGCUAUCUCCUAAUUCGAAAGUGACUCGUGGCCAUUCCUGUGUCUUCUGCCAGCAGCGAAAGGUGCGAUGUGAUGGCCACCGACCGUGUUCAACAUGUCUGCGAAACGGACAGGAAUGCCUGAGACGCACCGGGUCCAAAUCCCAGAGCCGGAAGAACAGAGACCUCGGAGUAGCCAGAGUCAUCGAUCCUCUAGCUCGACGACUGGAGCUCUGCGAAAGAGCCGUGCAGGCCCAUGGGAUCUCCCUCGAGAGAGGCGAGUCUGCCACGAAGCCUUCUCUUCGUCUUACCAAUGUGCCCUGGUCAGCUCCGAAGGGCCAUUUAAUCCAGGAGACCGCGCAGUCUCGAUAUGUGGAGAAUCCCCUCUGGCAAGGUCUGACCAACGAACUGGACAGCUGUAGCAGCGUGGCAGAUGAAAGCGAGACUGAAGCCAUUCACAAUGCGGACGGGGAAACGCUCCUCUUACGAUCUUCCUGUCCCAAAGGAGUGCGCUCUCUUCACCCCGAAACACCUCAGGUCUUCCAACUAUGGCAGAUUUUCUUAAAUAACGUGAACCCCAUCGUGAAGCUUCUCCAUGCACCCAGCACCCAGCAAUUGAUUCUAGAAGCCGCGUCUGACUUGAAUCACAUCUCACGGCCGAUGGAAGCAUUGCUCUUCAGCAUGCACCUGUGCGCCGUGGCCUCAAUGAACGACGAGACCUGCCAUCGCGUAAUGGGAGCAUCCAGAUCAGAAUUAAUGGCCAGAUUCUCGCGCGCAGCAGAACAGGCAUUAAUAAAUGCCAAUUUCCUCCGAUCGACAAACAUCCUGAUCCUCCAGGCCUUGACUCUCUACCUGCUAGCAACCAGACAAAGAUACGACGUCCAGACCAGAUGGCUCCUAACCGGAAUCGCAAGUCGCAUCGCCCGAGUCAUGGGCCUACACAGAGAACGCAGUCUAGCACUCCUCCCCGUCUUCGAGCGCGAGAUGCGUCGCCGACUCUGGUGGCAGAUUCUCAUGAUGGAUAGUCGCGCAGCACAGCUUUGCGGCGUCGCCGUGGACGCUUACUCCUAUCAUUUCUGGGAUACUGAGCGCCCGUGCAACGUGAGUGAUAGUGACCUGUCGCCUUCGAUGCAGGAGUUGCCCAGAGACCGGGCAGGGACUACGGAGAUGCUGUUCUGCGAAAUUAGAUUCGAAAUCGGUGAUUGCAUGCGCAAGUUGACGGCUAUGGAACAUGAGUCUGUGGCGGGUACUGUGGUUCAAAGGAUGGGUGCGGAAGAACGGGCAAUCGAUGCACUCGAGAGCCGAUUGGAAGAUGCUUAUCUGAAGGAUUGUGAUCCUUCUAUUCCGUUCCAUCAGUUGGCGUUGUACCUGGCGCGAUCGUCGGUGUGUCAGAUGCGUUUGGCAACGCGACAUCCUCGGCGAUGCGCGGAUCUAUCGCUUGAGGAUAGGGACCGACUAUUCUCUCUCGGACUUCAGGUGCUGACGUACGACAAUCUGACCUAUGCGAGUCGUGAUCUGCAGCCGUAUCUAUGGCAUGUGGGCAUGAGUUUCCCCUUCGAGGCAUUCAUCCUCGUGGUCACAGAGUUAUCUUCUCGUCGCGAAGGGGACCAUGUAGAUCAGGCCUGGGCCAAGGUCGACCAGGCAUAUCAUGACCAUGCGGACCUCAUCACAGCCUCCAAAACCAAUACGCUCUUCUUUGCCCUGGGGACUCUCACGCUCCGGGCUUGGGAUAUGCGCAUGGCGUGGGCGCGACGGGGCCCGAUCCUCUCUCAGCCCGUUGAGCCUCAGUCUGUCGCGCGUCUCCGUGCUCUCCGUGGAGACUCUCGGGCCCCGUCGCCGACGCCAGCACCGGUUGGCCCGCUUAUGCUCCCGGGGCCGGGGGGCUGGAAUCCCGGGGAUUCGGAGAAUGCGCUGCCUUGUUUGGACUUGGAGAUGUCGGAUUUGUCUCAGAUUGAUUGGGAUUGCUGGCAGAAUUUGAUCCAUGAACAUGUAGAUUUCUUUUAA